UCCAAAAUUGUGUUCAUUGAUUGUUUUUGUUAUGUAUUCAAAUGGGUCUUUUUAAUUGUUGAGAUUUGACAACUGAGACUGUGUGUUGCUUUUUUAACCAUAUGUUAUAUAACGUGUGUCAGUGAUUUAAGGUUGUGAAGAUGAGUUCUUUGUUUCGAAGAAGCAUGCACAGACAUACACCACAAGAAGAGAGUGAUGUGUCCACUGAUGAGGAGCCACUCUUUCAGCCAAACUCCAGCGAAGAAAACAGAACAAAUGUAAUAAGGAACAUAAACACUUAUGCCAGAACAAAGACUCUUGCUCAGGGCUUUCUCGAUAUGGCUCUCUUCACUGCCAAUGCCUCCCAAAUGAAACAUCUCCUGCAACAAGGCCCUGACACACAAUUCUAUUAUUUCCUUUUCAUCUUACUGUGUGUAUCAGUCAGUCUCCAGCUUAUUGUGGCAGCUCUGUUGAUCUACAAAGGCUCGAAAAAUAUUGAAUACGAUGAUCCUGAACGCAGACUAAGUGAUAGAGUUCACCUGCUGAAUAACAUUGUGACUGGGUUAAUCCUGGUGAUCACAGCUGUCAAUGUCUUCAUCACAGCUUUCUGGUUCUCUCCUCAUCUGACUCCUGCCGACCAGAAUCUCACAGCCACAUCAUCUACUGCAGAGCCUUAAUGGAAUUAUAUUUAGAUGCUGCACACUGCAAAGGAUAGAUUCCUACAGCCAUUACUUUAUUCAGUACUUGUUACAGGCAAGUUGGUAAUCAUUUCAAUUUGAAGAAGUAA